AAAGAAAUAGAUAAUGUUUAGUGAAAGGAUAAAAGGAAACUAGAGAAACAGAACUGAUGAGAUUAUCUGUCUAUUCAUUGAUUCCUUCAUGGCUUCUCGUCUGAUCACCACCCAUCGAAGCUUCUGCUACAAAGUUGAGUUAAACUCUUGUAGACUAUCAUUUCCAUCAUCAAACCCGCAUGUGAACUUUUGCAUUCCAGCUUUUGUUUCAUGUAGAGGUCCCUUUACUUGUUUGAAGCUUAACCACUGCCUCAAGCUUAGAGCAUCUUCUGAGGGGCUUCCGUCUGAGUUAGUAGAUGAAGACUCCAAAUUUGUUCCUCUAAAUGCUGAAGAUCCAAGAUAUGGUCCACCUAUACAGCAACUUCUUAAGGAGUUAGAUGGUGAUUUCCUAGAGGUAUCUCCAUUGGUAGCUAGCUUCUCUCAACACUUCUCUUUCUUCUUUUUCCACAUGCAAGUUAAGGAGAUGAAGAGGUAUUCAAAGUGGCUUUUGGUUGGUGGAAAGCUUUUGCAAACAGUCAUUUUUUGUACUGAAGACAUGAUUACUUGCUGUCUGUGGGAGGCAAUGAAUACUAAGCAACCUAAUUUGGAUGCUGCAAAGAUCAAAAGAAUGAUUGUGGCUGAUGUUAAGUGAAGGAUGUUUUUGAGUGCAAUUCUAUCCUCUAAUUUGGCAACUGAAGAAUCGUACUCUUAGAUGCUGCAUACUAGCUGGUCUUACAAUCAUGUAACAGAGAGUACAUUAAUAUUGCAUAUUGUCCGGCGUCAUAAGCAUUUUGGUAUACCCUGCAGAUUGCAAAGUCACUUCCCCGAAUUUGCUUCUUGUCUGGUCUCACAGGAGAGGAGAUGAUGAUGUUUAUUGAUGCCUUUCCAGAAAGUGGUACACCCUACUUUUCACCGUAAUAGAAAUCUUUGGUUGUACAAGUUAAUUUCGUUAUGGUCAUUGUUAAAGCUAAAUUAUAAGCCCAAAAGGUAUCUCGUGAAAAUAUGGCCUAGUUGUUUCUGAUA